AGACGAGUCAUAUCGUGCAGAGUCUCGAGAACUUGGCAGCCAAGGGCCCUAUGCCCAAGAUGGCCGUCUUCGAUCUCGAUUAUACCCUUUGGCCCCUCUGGGUGGACACGCACGUCGAUACGCCAAUCAAGCGCAAGGGCAACGCGAUCAACAAGGUCGUGGAUCGACAUGGCCAGCCACUCUCCUUCUUCCCCCACGUCCCCUCCAUUCUCUUCUUCUGCCGCCGCCACAACAUAGCAAUCGCAGCCGCCUCACGCACCUCAGCCCCCUCAGCAGCAAAGCAAGCGCUCAAUGGUCUCUACCUAAUCGACGACUCCCCACGGUCACCCUCCUCAGAAGCCCUCAAGUCAUGGACUCUUUUCAAUUUCAACGAGAUCUACCCUGGCAGCAAGAUAAGCCACUUUCGCCAACUGCAUGCAGACUCUGGGAUCGUCUACGAGGACAUGAUCUUCUUUGACGACGAGUAUCGCAAUUCGGAGGUGGGGACGAAGUUGGGCGUCCAUUUCGUCGAGGUCGGGCAUCAGGGCUUGGACUUGGGUACCUUUGAGAGGGGGGUGGGAGAGUGGAGAGCGAGAAGAGCUAGUAGGAUGGGAAGGGGGGAGGAGGCGGAUGUGGGAAGCAAAGUAUAGAUGAGAGAGCUCAGUGAAGUAGAUAAGAGGGCGCAAUGAAAGAGCCGAUAGGAUUACGAUGAGGAAGCGGACAGUCGAUCGAAUACAUGAAAAGACG